AUGACUUCCAUCCUACUACUGAGUAGGGAAAACAAGUCAAAAGGAGUAAAUACGCACCUAGUGGGGAUAGAUGCGACUGGACAGGACAUAGGGAGGACUGGUGCGAUGCGCGGGAAUGUCGGGUCGGGAUCGGACAUGUGUCAGACUGUCGGAAAGUGUGUCGGGUCGGGAUCAGACUGUCGGACUUGGGUCAGGGUAGUCGGGACGGCACGUCACAACUUUGUAGUAAAUUUUAAUGAUAUCAUACAUCUGUUGAGCAACGCCAAAGCUACUUCUCACAAGAAGGUUGUGGAUAAUGUUUUAAUUCAGAAGAAAAAAGAGAACACUAAACAACGUUGA